CCUCGCUCUCCCUUCUCCCACCACUACGAUGCCGAGGCCGGGCGGCACCAGCGCAGAAGGCGGCUACGCAUCAUCGCCGUCGAUGGAGACGACCCCCAGCGAUCCCUUCGGAACCGCGAACGGCGCGCCCCGCCGCUACUACGACAAUGAUUCUGAGGAGUACGGACCUGGCCGUAGAGAUACCUACGCGUCCGACAGCAGUAAUCAAGGCCUCACGGACCCGGGCUACUACGACCAGAAUGGCGCCUAUGAUCCCUAUCCGACCGGGGACACCGAUUCCGACGGCGACGUCUACGGCCAGCGGUAUGGACCCUCAGCAGAGUCGCUUGGCACCCACAAGUUUGGCCAUUCCGAUUCAUCUACGCCGACGUUUGUCGAUUACAGCGCAUCCUCCGGCGGAAGGGACUCGUACCCUGCAUGGACCGCCGAACGCAACAUCCCGCUGUCCAAAGAAGAGAUCGAGGACAUCUUCCUCGAUCUGACGCAGAAGUUUGGCUUUCAGCGGGAUUCCAUGCGGAACAUGUUCGACUUCACCAUGCAGCUGCUUGACAGCCGAGCGUCUCGUAUGACCCCCAACCAGGCGCUCCUCACCCUCCACGCCGACUACAUUGGUGGCCAGCAUGCGAACUACCGGAAGUGGUACUUCGCGGCGCAGCUCGACCUUGACGACGCCGUGGGACAAACUCAGAAUCCGGGUCUCAACCGCCUCAAGUCCACUCGCGGAUCGGGCAAGCGACCACGCCAUGAAAAGUCGCUGAACACGGCAUUGGAGCGCUGGCGGCAAGCCAUGAACAACAUGUCGCAGUAUGACCGCUUACGCCAGAUCGCGCUCUACCUGCUCUGCUGGGGCGAAGCGGCGCAAGUGCGAUUCAUGCCCGAGUGCUUGUGCUUCAUCUUCAAGUGCGCCGACGACUAUUAUCGUUCGCCGGAGUGCCAGAACAGGAUGGAGCCGGUACCGGAGGGUCUCUACCUGAGGACGGUCGUAAAGCCGCUCUACAGAUUUGUCCGGGAUCAAGGCUAUGAGGUGGUGGAGGGAAAAUUCGUACGGCGGGAACGGGAUCACGACCAAAUCAUUGGUUACGAUGACGUGAAUCAGCUGUUCUGGUACCCGGAGGGCAUUGCCCGUAUCGUCCUGUCGGACAAGAGUCGUCUGGUCGACCUCCCUCCAGCACAGCGCUUCAUGAAGUUCGACCGUAUCGAGUGGAAUCGCGUCUUCUUCAAGACGUUCUACGAGACUCGAUCCUUUACGCAUCUUUUGGUCGACUUCAACCGUAUCUGGGUCGUGCACAUCGCUCUCUACUUCUUCUACACCGCAUACAACUCCCCCACGAUCUACGCCAUCAACGGCAACACUCCGACGUCUCUGGCUUGGAGCGCGACUGCGCUCGGCGGUGCGGUAGCGACAGGUAUCAUGAUCCUCGCCACGAUCGCCGAGUUCUCGCACAUCCCCACGACAUGGAACAACACCUCGCAUCUGACUCGCCGCCUCGCCUUCCUCCUCGUCACGCUCGGCCUCACAUGUGGUCCGACGUUCUACGUCGCGAUUGCAGAGAGCAACGGGAGCGGCGGCUCUUUGGCCUUGAUUCUCGGCAUCGUCCAGUUCUUCAUCUCCGUCGUAGCGACUGCGCUCUUCACUAUCAUGCCUUCUGGUCGUAUGUUCGGCGACCGCGUCGCAGGCAAGAGUCGCAAGUAUCUCGCCAGCCAGACGUUCACGGCCAGCUACCCGUCGUUGCCCAAGCACCAGCGGUUCGCAUCACUCCUGAUGUGGUUCCUCAUCUUCGGGUGCAAGUUGACGGAGAGUUACUUCUUCCUGACGUUGUCCUUCCGCGACCCUAUUCGCGUCAUGGUCGGCAUGAAGAUCCAGAACUGCGAGGACAAGAUUUUCGGCAGCGGCCUUUGCAGGAAUCACGCAGCAUUCACCCUCACGAUCAUGUACAUCAUGGACCUCGUCUUGUUCUUCCUCGACACCUUCCUUUGGUAUGUCAUCUGGAACUCGGUUUUCAGUAUCGCACGCUCUUUCGUACUCGGCCUUUCGAUCUGGACACCAUGGAGGGACAUCUUCCAGCGUCUGCCGAAGCGUAUCUACGCGAAGCUUCUAGCGACCGGCGACAUGGAGGUCAAGUACAAGCCCAAGGUCUUGGUUUCGCAAAUCUGGAACGCCAUCAUCAUCUCCAUGUACCGCGAGCACUUGCUCUCUAUCGAGCACGUUCAAAAGCUCCUGUACCAUCAAGUGGACACUGGCGAAGCCGGCAAGCGGAGUCUUCGCGCGCCUCCGUUCUUCGUCGCGCAGGGCAGCAGCGGUGGCUCGGGCGAGUUCUUCCCGCCUGGUAGCGAGGCUGAGCGUCGUAUCUCUUUCUUCGCGCAGUCUCUAUCUACGGAGAUUCCUCAGCCCAUCCCGGUUGACGCCAUGCCGACGUUCACAGUGCUUACGCCUCACUACAGCGAGAAGAUCCUUCUUUCGCUCCGUGAGAUUAUCCGCGAGGAGGACCAGAACACCCGCGUGACAUUGCUUGAGUAUCUCAAGCAGCUUCACCCGGUCGAGUGGGAGAACUUCGUCAAGGACACCAAGAUUUUGGCCGAGGAGUCCGCUAUGUUCAACGGUCCAAGUCCUUUCGGCAACGAUGAGAAGGGUCAGUCCAAGAUGGACGAUCUUCCUUUCUACUGCAUCGGUUUCAAGAGCGCCGCGCCCGAGUACACCCUCCGCACCCGUAUCUGGGCGUCCUUGCGCGCGCAGACCCUCUACCGCACGGUCUCCGGCAUGAUGAACUAUGCGAAGGCGAUUAAGCUGCUCUACCGCGUCGAGAACCCCGAGGUCGUGCAGCAGUUCGGCGGUAACACGGACAAGCUCGAGCGCGAGUUGGAGCGGAUGGCCCGGCGGAAGUUCAAGUUCCUGGUGUCCAUGCAGCGCUACUCGAAGUUCAACAAGGAGGAGCACGAGAACGCCGAGUUCUUGCUCCGCGCGUACCCGGACCUGCAGAUCGCGUACCUGGAGGAAGAGCCUCCUCGCAAGGAGGGUGGCGAUCCACGCAUCUUCUCUGCCCUCGUCGACGGCCACAGCGACAUCAUCCCGGAGACCGGCAAGCGGCGCCCCAAGUUCCGCAUCGAGCUGCCCGGCAACCCCAUUCUCGGUGACGGCAAGUCGGACAACCAGAACCACGCCAUCGUCUUCUACCGCGGCGAGUACCUCCAGCUUAUCGACGCCAACCAGGACAACUACCUCGAGGAGUGCUUGAAGAUCCGUAACGUACUCGCCGAGUUCGAGGAGUACGACGUCUCUAGCCAGAGUCCGUACGCGCAGUGGAGUGUCAAGGAGUUCAAGCGCUCCCCGGUCGCCAUCGUCGGUGCACGCGAGUAUAUCUUCUCGGAGCACAUCGGUAUUCUCGGUGAUUUGGCGGCUGGCAAGGAACAGACGUUCGGUACGCUCACGGCACGCAACAACGCCUUCCUUGGCGGCAAGCUGCACUACGGUCACCCGGAUUUCCUCAACGCCCUCUACAUGAACACGCGCGGUGGUGUCUCCAAGGCGCAGAAGGGUCUCCAUCUCAACGAGGAUAUUUACGCCGGUAUGAACGCGGUCGGUCGCGGUGGACGCAUCAAGCAUAGCGAAUACUACCAGUGCGGCAAGGGUCGUGACCUCGGUUUUGGCACCAUCUUGAACUUCCAGACCAAGAUCGGUACGGGUAUGGGCGAGCAGAUCCUCUCGCGCGAGUACUACUACCUCGGAACCCAAUUGCCCAUCGAUCGCUUCCUCACGUUCUACUACGCGCACCCAGGUUUCCAGAUCAACAACAUGCUGGUUAUCCUAUCCGUGCAGGUCUUCAUCGUUACCAUGGUCUUCCUCGGUACCUUGAAGUCUUCGGUCACGAUCUGCAAGUACACGUCCAGCGGUCAGUACAUCGGUGGUCAAUCCGGUUGCUACAACCUCGUCCCGGUCUUCCAGUGGAUCGAGCGCUGCAUCAUCAGCAUCUUCUUGGUGUUCAUGAUCGCUUUCAUGCCGCUCUUCCUGCAAGAACUCGUCGAGCGCGGUACCUGGAGUGCCAUCUGGCGUCUGCUCAAGCAGUUUAUGUCGCUGUCGCCUGUCUUCGAGGUGUUCUCCACCCAGAUUCAGACACACUCCGUGUUGAGCAACUUGACGUUCGGUGGUGCGCGUUACAUCGCUACCGGUCGUGGGUUCGCCACCAGUCGUAUCAGCUUCAGCAUCUUGUUCUCGCGUUUCGCAGGCCCGAGUAUCUACCUCGGCAUGCGCACGCUCAUUAUGCUGCUCUACGUGACGUUGACGAUCUGGACGCCAUGGGUCAUUUACUUCUGGGUUUCCAUUCUCUCGCUCUGCAUCGCGCCGUUCUUGUUCAAUCCGCAUCAAUUCGUCUUCUCGGAUUUCCUCAUCGACUACAGGGAAUACCUCCGGUGGAUGUCGCGUGGUAACUCGCGCUCGCACAACAACUCCUGGAUUGGGUACUGCCGGUUGUCCCGCACGAUGAUCACUGGGUACAAGAAGAAGAAGCUGGGCCACCCGUCGGAGAAGCUUUCCGGCGACGUUCCUCGUGCAGGCUGGCGCGCCGUCUUAUUCUCGGAGAUCAUCUUCCCGGCAUGCAUGGCCAUCCUCUUCAUCAUCGCGUACAUGUUCGUCAAGUCGUUCCCUCUCGACGGCAAGCAGCCUCCCUCCGGCCUCGUUCGCAUCGCCGUCGUGUCUAUCGGCCCCAUCGUGUGGAACGCCGCCAUCCUGUUGACGCUCUUCCUUGUGUCGUUGUUCCUCGGCCCCAUGCUCGACCCGGUCUUCCCCCUCUUCGGUUCCGUUAUGGCCUUCAUCGCGCAUUUCCUCGGCACAAUCGGAAUGAUUGGGUUCUUCGAGUUCCUGUGGUUCCUCGAGUCCUGGGAGGCGUCGCAUGCCGUGCUGGGUCUCAUCGCCGUCAUCUCCAUCCAGCGCGCCAUUCACAAAAUUCUUAUCGCCGUUUUCCUCAGUCGCGAGUUCAAGCACGACGAGACGAACAGGGCUUGGUGGACUGGUCGCUGGUAUGGCCGUGGCCUCGGCACGCACGCCAUGUCGCAGCCGGCGCGUGAGUUCGUCGUCAAGAUCAUCGAGUUGUCGCUCUGGAGCUCGGAUCUCAUACUCGGCCACAUCCUGCUGUUCAUGCUUACUCCGGCUGUCCUCAUCCCGUACUUCGACCGUCUGCACGCCAUGAUGCUCUUCUGGCUGCGCCCCUCAAAGCAAAUCCGCGCGCCUCUGUACUCAAUCAAGCAGAAGAGGCAAAGACGCUGGAUUAUCAUGAAGUACGGUACUGUAUACGUUACCGUCAUCGCGAUCUUCGUCGCGCUCAUCGCGCUUCCCCUCGUCUUCCGACACACUCUAAAGGUCGAGUGCUCCCUUUGCGACAGCUUGUAAUAUCGGACUCGUAUAUAUCUAGACUUCUCCGCACCAUGUGUAGCUGACGCUUGGGUAUACUUCGCGGUGCCGAGCUAAUUGUCGACGGACAUUCUCCAUCGUUGAGUGCAGCGACAUCGGGUGGUUUACGACACGGACACUUUUCAUUGUACCCUCUACGAAUGCAAGAACUCUCUUACGACCAGUACCUAUGUGCUAAGCCGUCGCCUGUUCAGGAUCAUACAUACAUACGUUUCUAGAUACCUUACAGUUAGGCCUAUUCAGGGAGAGUCUGCAUAAAAUGCCGAGACGUGGACAAAUA